AUGGAGCACCAACCCUCUCUUCCCCCAUCGACCGCCGAGCAGAUGCCGGACGAGAUGAAUAAUCGUUUGCCGGCUCUGCAGCAUCGGCCGAUUCUGCACCAUCUGCCCAUGCGUUAUCUCGAGAGUCGGCUGGUGCCGGUGACCGACCAAAACUUCGCCGAACUGGCGAAGGAGUGCGCAGACAUGUACGACAACUUCGUCGCGUCUGGCACUCCCAACCCCUCGCCCCCGGCCAACAACACGCCCUUCGUAGAGCCGGAGUCAGAUUCAAUCCUGCACAUCUCCCAGCGCGAACUGACUUCCUUCCUCGCGCUGUUCCACCGCCUGACCGUCUCCCCGUUCCCCCACGCCAACGUCGUCCAAAGAGAGGCCAAUCUCGCCCACGAGAAGGAGCUCAUUUCCCAGCAAGCGGAGGCCCUCGCAAAGCGCGAGGAGGACGUCGCCCGCCGCGAAGCGGCCCUCGCCAUGAUGCGGGACGACGAGGCCGCCUUCAACCAACAGCUCACCGACGUGUGGAAGCAGGGAAAUGACGCCGGGUACAAGACCGGCUUCGAGUUUGGCCGCCGCGAGGCCGUGCCGCUCACCUACCAGCUCCACAUUUCCGCGCUCGAGGAGAUACACCGCCGCGUCAGGGAGCUGAAGGCUCGGUGCGACCGGUUGGGCGCCCGCGGCAUGGGCGGCCGCGGCGGUAUGGUGGCCGAGUUGGACAGACUCUGCAUCGCGGUUGAGUUUCAGGUGCGCAAGACGCGCGCUGGUUCAGCUCAGAAAGGGCUGGACUUGGAGGAUUUGAUGCGCAUCUCUGGUGUGGAAGUUGAUGGUGAGGAAGGUGGUGAGGCGGUCAAUUACACCAAGUUCUUGCGCAUGGCUGAGCGGAGGAAGAAGAGGAUAACCGAUGGGGAGGAGAGGAAGGCUAUGGAGAAGGAGAGGCAGAAGAGGAUGCGUCAGAAGGCGAGAGUUGCGGGUGGUGAAGAUGAUGGUGAUGAUGGUGAUGAUGUCGAGAUGGGCAACUCUAACGCGAGCAAGGGGAAGGGCAUCGACCGGACUGGCACUACCACGACCGUGAACCAGAACCCCCUAUACCCGGCCGCAUUCUGGACCCGGGAGUGGCAGGCGAGGCCUAAGAACGACGGGCCGCAGUUCGACAACCUGCCCUCGUCUGACUGGGAAUUCGAGAACUCAGAUUGA